AAGCUAUAUAAGCUGGAUACAAUAAGGCAUUUUCAGGGCAAUCGCCGGCCCAGAGCCACGGCGCGCCAUAUGUGCUGGCACACCUGGUGGUUGGCCUGGCUGGUGCUGUGGUGUUCCGCGAAGGCUCUAUCGAAUCAGUCAGAGAAUGAAACCUUGGAUGAGUCCGACUUCGGCAACCGGAGCCGCUCCCCGCUGAGCGCCUGCGGCGUGCUCAAGGCCAAGGCUCGGCGGCAGUGGCCAGAGCCUUCGGAGGACUUGCACGUGGGCCCGGCGUCCUUGGGGGAUCGCUCCCCCGCGCAGGCGCAGUGGCAGAGGGGCAAGGCACCGGAGCGGAGCCGCUUCCAACGGCUGGGGGCAGCCGGACCACCCACACACGAGGCCAGGCUGUUGGCGGACUCGCUGGCGCAGGGUUUGGGAUGUGGGGUUUGCCAGCAGCUGAUGAAGAGCUUGUGGGAAGACUUGGCGCGGCCGACAGCCACCAACCUGCGGGAAGUGAUCUCCAAGGGCUGUCCCUUCCUGGUGAAGAAACAUCUUCUACGACAGGGCUGGGCUGCCUCGAGCGGUGCGCUUUGCGAGGGGGCCGGCCGACGGGCGGCGGACGGUGAAGCUUGGUGCUUCCUGCAGGACACCCUUUCAGAGUCGGUGGAGCACCCUGAGCUGGCCGAGCACUAUGAUCCAGCCAAGGAUUCAUUGAUGUUAGCCUGUGAAGACACUAUCUCCUACCACAUGGAGAGGGUGAUCUUCUAUUUGACUCAACCUGGCCUCCUCCACGAAGCACAAGUUCGAAACGAAGCACUCAUGCGAAACGUCUGCGUGGAAGCCGCAUGCUGCGAGUGAGCUGAGGGUCCGAAAAAGCCUGUGGCUGGCGGGUGGAGCUGAACACAGUCGGCCAUAAAUGAGGGCAUCUCUUCCA